AUGGCUGCUACUGAAGUACUUGGUCGAUCAUUUUCGGAUGCUCUUUAUGAACGUUACUGUGAUUUUGAAUCAACAUUUGAUGAUCUUAAAAAUGAUUGUGAUAUCGUUUUUUUUGUUGGUUCAUCACCAAAACAAACAGAAUCUGGUCUUAUUCUUAAUGCAUCAACUGUCGUUUUAACUGAUGAACGUAUAUCUCAUGUAGGUGAUUCUCGUGCUGUAGCAAUAUCAUGUUCACAUGUUGAACUUGUUGAUAUAUCAUCAAAUGCAUUCUCGGAUUGGCAUGAAAUAUCACUUCUUCUUUCAUCAUUACCUCAUGUAAAAACAAUUAAUUUAAGCUUCAAUCCAUUCCCUUCUGAUUUACAUAUUUUAUCGGUCGAAUUACAAUGGCCAAAUCUUAAUACUCUAUGUCUCAAUGGAAGUCAUAUUGGUCUUGAAAUGAUUGUGGAAUUACUUAAAAAGACACCAAAGUAAGUUUAUAUUCAAAUUUUUUUUUGAAAAUUCUAUUUAGAUUAUGAAUCAACGAAAAUAAAAACAAAAAUGUAUAUUUUUGUUCUCUUUAUUAAUCAGUGAAAAAUAUUGUUUCUAAUGUAACUAUGAAUCAUAAGGUAAUGAAAAAUAUGACUCAAGUUGAGUCAUUGAAAAUUUCAAGUUGUAAUAGACAAAUAUUUAAAUUGAAAAAUAAUAAGUUAUUCAGAUGAUUAUUAACAGGGCAUACCUAUGACUAAUGAUGUUCCAGAACUGACACCAGAUUUACUAGGACUAUGACUAGUGAGGUAACUUUUUACGUGAUCUUCUUUCGUUUUAAUGAUCUUUUGCCUAUAGAUCAUUAAGAUAAACAAAUAAAAUAUCUUUGCAUCGGUUCAAUCAAAUAGGCUGAUUUUUUUGUGAUUAUUGAUAGAAAUUUAUGUAAAGUUUUUUUUUUUCAUACGGAUAAGAACAGUAAAUACUACUUUUAAGUAUCAUGAAAGAAAUUUGACCUGUUAUCAAGUAAAAAUAUACAUGUGUAGUGUUUCAUAAAUAAUUUUUAGUUGUCAUCUAAGAGAAUAAUAAGUACAAGUUAAAACGAACUUUAUGAAUGAUUCUAUAUCGAUGUACCUAAAACAAGUUUUCAAAACAAGAGAAUAUUAAAUGGUGAAAUUCAUGUACGAUAAGUAAAAUGCACAAUUACAACUCUUUAGAUCUUAAAAACACAAACUUUCUUGCAAAAACUAAUGUUCUAUGUUUGAUAUAUGUGCAUCAAUAUAGAAUUGUCCAUAACGUUUGUUUUGACUUGAUUUUAUUACUCUUAUAUGACAAAUGAAAAUUAUCUAUGAAACAUGACACAUGUAUUUUUUUUUUGGUUGAUAACAGGUAAAAUUUCUUUCAAAAUAUUUAAAAGUAAUAUUUACUUACCUUAUCCGAAUAAAAAAACACUUUGAAUACAUUCCUAUCAAUAACUAAAAAAUCAGUCUAUUUGAUUGAACUGAUGUAAAGAUAUUUCAUUUAUUUUUAUCUUAAUGCUAUUUAUGGCUUACACUGUAAAAGACCUGAUCGGAACCCAAAUCCUUUAAAGGUUUUUACUAAAGCACUAAAAGGCAUCUAUAGGCAAAAGUCAUUGAAACUGGAGGGAAGGGGGGCAUCGACAAAGGUGUCCACAAGAAACUAAAAAUGAUGUGAUCUGCCCAUUUCGAUCAGUGUUGUGGAAAAAAAUAAUACUUUACAAAAUUUUUCAAUUUUAAACUUUUAUUUUCGUAUUGAUUUGAAGAAAUGCAUUCGUGAUAUAUAUACUCAAUGAAUCUAUAAGCCAAGAUCAAUGCUUUUUUGUUUUAAGGCAAAUUCGUAGUAGAUAGAGAUAUUUUUAUUUGUAAACGUUCCACUAUAAUUGCAGACACAACAACAAAUCCACUAGAUAUUGGAAUAGGAUACUUUCAUAGAAAAAACAAGAAAAUUUCUCAUUAAUAAUUACUUCUCAGUUGAAAUUUGCUGCAGCCAUAGAGCUACCCAGGCAGACAAACUUUUGAGAAAACGCGUUUAAACGCACAGAAAUUGGCCUAAAAUCAGCAAAAAGUGGACGUUUUCGGAUCACACUUGAGGUUCCCGACUGUGAGCCAAAAACGCCCAUUUUUCGCCCUUUUUGUGCGUUUAAACGCGUUUUCAGACAAAACACGCGUUUACACGCAUGCAAAAAGGAGAAAAAAAUUGUUGUGUUUUUCCAGCUCAAGAAACGUGACAGUAAUCAUGAUCGAGCAUCCCGAGUCU